AUGUUGUUCAGGUUGCUGGUACUUGCAGCGGUCGUCGAGUACACUUCUGCUUCAUGUAAGGUCAUUUGUUGCAUUUGUUUACUUUGUUUUGUAAUGGUAAAGUCAUGUCGACGUAAAGUUAUUACAUUUUACAAUAAGUUCAUACUUACAGUACGUUUCAAUUGUAAUAAGGUUUACCAUGAAUGCACGAGAUAAUGUCUUCAAGUGCGUGAUAUGCACAAUGCCACCAUAAUAUGUCAUUUCAGUAUGUGUGGUCAGUAAAUGGAGGCCAUGGGGGUCAUGUCACGGUGACUGUAAACUGGCCUUAAGAGUCAGAAACCGAGAUGUGCUACAAGCUCCAUUGCCUGAAAAAGACCCAAAAUCUGGAGAAAUAAUAGAACAUACCUGCCCCGCCUUGUACGAAACUCAGCGAUGUGUGUUAACUGAAUGUCAAGAGGAAAGCCCGUUCUCAGUAAGUGCAGACAAGUAAUAUUUUAUUACUUUUUGUAUAUUUUUUACUAAAUUGCCUUCAACCUCGGAGCAUGCAUAUGAUUUGCAAUUUUUUUGUUUUUCUCAACCUUUAACAAUGUAAAUCUUCAGCGGAAAGAAGAUCAAUUUGUGAUUGGAUUCGAACGAAAAACAGCCUCAGUAUCUGUUCCCCAACGACAAUGUAAGUGAAUAUUGACAUUGUCUUACAUCAGUUUUAGGUCACGACGAACAAAACGAGAACUGUUGUCGUUUGGUGAGGCACGUCUGUCCAGAUGGAUCCAAACCCAAAAAGCUGAUCCGGUGGUACAAACUGGUAAGUCUUCAAUUGUUUAGCAACAGUUUACCCACAAAUUCUAUCUACUUUUUGAUCAAAAAUUAGCUUUUUUUAAAAAUAGCCUUGCCGAAAAUCAUAAAAUUUUCCCAACUUUAGCCGAAAGAAUCGUUCUGCCGUCCCUACCGUUACCCGUACUGUGGCCCAGCCAUGGAGAAACUGGAGAAUCCUCUGACUUCCGAAAGCCGCUGCAUCCAAACCUGUCUCCCCCCUCAAGACCAAAUAUCUCUGCCCGAGUUCCGCCCACUGUAA